CUCUCCAUUCAAGAGUCAAGACUCAAAGAAAGCUUGAACCCGGGCGGGUGGUUCCUCUCUGACCUCUCUCUCUCUCUCUCUCUCUCUCUCUCUCUCUCAGUUGCUCCUCCUUCCUCCAUUGAUUCUGCACCCAUCUCUCCUCUUUUUCUAACAGCUUCUGUAUCGUCUCGGGCGGUGCUUUGGUUCUUCUUAUCUCAACAGCAGCUCCAUCUUGUCCUUACUCCUUCGUUUGUUAAUUAGAUGGAAGGAACAUCUGUCAGAAGCGACUAGCGAGCGAGAGAGAUCCAUAUCAUAUGGCAAUGAAGUCUUCGUUCUAACAGAGGGACCUCGUCACUGAUGUUCUACGUUUGUUCACGUGCAGCCCGCCUAAUUCUGCAAUUUUCGCCUAAUUCUUUAAUUUUGGAAUUUUAUAAGCAGGAAUGGUGACUGGCGGGAAUCAACCGGAAGAUGGGGAGAAGAACCCAGCAAGCAUUGCAAGGGGAGGCAUUGCAAGGUCUUGGGGGACAACAUUUUCGGGGCAAUCUGUCUCGACAAGUGGGAGUGCGGGGUCUCCAUCCAGCCGUAGCGAGUUGGCUAUGGCGACUCCUGCCAGUGAGAACACUUUUGUGAGAUUGAAUCACCUCGAUAUUCAUGGAGAUGAUUCUGGAUCUCAAGGAGCCGUUGUUGGAAGGAAGAAGAAAAGAGGUCAAAGGGCAGUUGGUGGUGAUAAGACUGGUAGAGGACUUCGUCAAUUCAGCAUGAAAGUCUGCGAGAAAGUUGAAAGCAAGGGAAGAACCACUUACAAUGAGGUUGCAGAUGAACUUGUAGCUGAAUUUGCAGAUCCUAGCAACAGCCUUGCAUCUCCAGAUCAGCAACAAUAUGAUGAAAAAAAUAUACGGCGGAGGGUAUAUGAUGCACUGAAUGUUCUCAUGGCAAUGGAUAUUAUAUCUAAAGAUAAAAAGGAAAUACAAUGGAAGGGUCUACCUCGAACUAGCGUGAAUGACAUUGAAGAGUUAAAGGCUGAACGAAUUGGGCUGAGAAGCAAGAUAGAAAAGAAAGCUGCCUAUCUGCAAGAACUGGAGGAACAAUUCAUAGGUCUCCAGAACCUGAUACAACGGAAUGAGCAAUUAUAUGGCUCAGGAAAUGCUCCAACUGGGGGUGUGGCUUUACCUUUUAUUCUGGUUCAGACACGUCCACAUGCAACUGUUGAGGUGGAAAUAUCUGAGGACAUGCAGCUAGUGCAUUUUGACUUCAAUAGCACUCCUUUUGAGUUACACGAUGAUAAUUAUGUUCUCAAGGCAAUGAGGUUCUGUGAAAGACCACAGGGAGAUGAUGGUGCUCAUGAUUCUACUGCAAAUGGAGGUGAGGGUUCCAGCAUGCUUGGCAUGUAUCAAUCCCAUAUACCACAUCCCACAAGGUCCACUGCUGCGGGUAGGCCUCCCAGCUCACCCCCACUUCCAGGAAUACUAAAAGCACGUGUCAAACAUGAGCAUUGAUCUACCUGUUCAAGCUUCAUCAUCUUAUCAUGGGUUAUCAUCUCCUUUCUUUCCUGUAUAGUGUGUAAAUUAAUUGUCCAAAAAGGGGUGGAGCCCUCCUGGCUUAGGCUGCCACAGUGGCUUGCUAACCAGUUGAAGUACUGAAGGAACAAGCAAACCACGCCCAUUUUUCAAGAUUUCCAUAGGGCUCUGAUGGAGCAAUGUUGUGAGCUAGAAAUCCAUAAUUUGCCUAAUGUAAUCUUCAAUCUUAUAUUCAUAAAUUCUUUAAGCAGUUUUCCCCGAUGUAAUUGCAGAAACAUUUUUUUAAUUGUUUUCCAGUCGUAGAGGAAACACCAAGCUACUGCAUUCUGACU